UGCAGCAUGCAGCAGCAGAGUGUGUGUACGCGACGUGUGUGUGUGCGGGAAAAGGUGUGUGUCCGUUUCCACGUCCACGUCCACGUCCAGACAAUCCUGCUGGCCCUACUCCUCCUGGUCUCCGCGGCAACCGCCGAGGAGUAUGACUACUACGGGUGGCCGCCGGACGGACACACGCACUCGCACACGCACGGCGUCGGAGGCUCGCCCUCCUCUUCCUCUUCGUCCUCCUCUUCCUCGUCCUCGUCCUCGUCGCACGGGCACGCAGGCCGCUUCUACGCCAAGCAGCCGCAGUGUGUGGACAUCCCGGCCGACCUGCGGCUAUGUUCCGGCAUCGGGUACAAGCGCAUGCGGCUGCCCACACUGCUGGAGCACGAGACCUUGGCGGAGGUGAGACAACAGGCCGGUAGCUGGGUCCCCCUAUUGGCCAAACGUUGCCAUGCCGACACACAGCUGUUCCUGUGUUCCCUGUUCGCCCCUGUGUGCCUGGACCGUCCCAUCUACCCGUGCCGCUCGCUGUGUGAGGCGGUGAGGGACGCCUGUGCCCCCGUGAUGGAGACCUACGGCUUCCCCUGGCCACACAUGCUCACAUGCAGCAAGUUCCCCGUAGACAACGACCUGUGCAUACCCAUGCAGUACACCACCGGACACGCCACGCAAACCCCAGUGUCUAAGGUGUGUCCCCCGUGCGACAAUGAGCUGAAGGUGGACACCAUUCUGGAACACUUUUGUGCCAGCGACUUUGUGUUGAAGUUGAAGCUGAAGGAGGUGAAGAAGGAGAGGGGUGACAGGAAGCUGAUUGCUGCCCAGAAGAGGAAGAAGGUCCUGAAGAUGGGACUACUACGCAAGAAGGAGCUCAAGAAACUGGUGCUGUACAUCAAGCACGGAGCCAACUGCCCCUGCCCACCCCUAGAACCCCUUGGCUCCGCCUACCUGCUGAUGGGCCGCCGCUCAGUGGACCAGCAGCUGCUCGUCACGGCCAUCCACCAAUGGGAUAAAAGGAGCAAGGAGCUGAAAUUUGCCCUCAAGUAUAUGAAGUCACACCAGUGUCCCUCCUAUCACACGGCCUUCCAGUGAUACACAAAUACACACACACACAUACAUACACAC